AUGAAAUAUUUUUUCAGCAACAGUUCUCAACUGGGCCAUUCAUCAACAGGUAUUCACUUGGAGCGCGGCCAGUCUCCGCGGUACAAUCCACUGCGUGGUGGGCCUGAGUCCUGGCUGCCUUUGCCAGUCGUCGGCCAAGCAUCCCAGUCUUCUCUGCCACGCAGCGCCCAAGUAACUUGGCUUCCUGUGCUACCGCAUGAAAAGAUACGUGAAAAUAUGAAGUACCCGGUGAAAUGUGCAUUAUGUAAAAAGUGUUACGAACGAGGCUACAUGGCCCUUCACGAGCGUGUUCAUACCGGCGAGCAGCCUUUCCAAUGUCCAAUCUGCUCUAGACGUUUCUCAGUGAAGAGUAACAUGAAGGUGCAUGUGGCGGAAGUGCAUGCGAUCAGGGACCCAAGCGUGUUGGAAGUUCUGAUUGAGUUAGCCGCUAUGGGGCCUAAGCAUCCAUAA